UGUUACAUCAGCACCCUGCAUCACACGGGUACAUGACGAAAUACGCGCAAUGAGCAGCUCUUGAGUCCGUCGCCCUGGCAGAUGGAGGUGGCUAUUCCGCACGGUUUGCAGUGGUGUGACUGGCGCGGGGGCGGACGAAUUCGAGCUGUUGCGUUGAUUGGAUAGCAGCAACCAAACUUCCGAGCCAGCAGCAGAACAUUGCCCAUCUACUGAUCCGCCUUUCAGCUCUGCCCUACUUUGGAAGUUCUGGGUUUCGUCUCAUCCGCUCGGAAGCAGACAUGGUUCCUGAGCUGGGCGGCGUCGCCACGCCCGGCGACGGCCGCGACUCGGUCGAGGAGCUGGAGGACCAGCGCAUCAAGAACAACCUGGCCGUCAAGCGCAGCCGACUCAAGAGCCGUCAGAAGAUGAGCCAGAUGGUGGACAGGUGCGGCAAGCUCAGGAAGGAGAACACCCUGCUGGAGCUGAAGGCGGAUGCCCUGAUGAAAGAGCUGUCGUUCCUCAAGGAGAUGUUCCUCACUCAUGCCAGCGGCAAGAAGGAGUCGGCCAUCAGCCAGGCCGACCUGGACCGGAUCAUGUCGGACGACCUGCCGGGUCCGGAGCUGCCUGACCCGCUGACGCGGCUCGAGCCCGCCGACGAAGACCAGCUGCGCGCCAGCCGGCUGCAGGACGGCGAGACGCUCUGGCUACGCGGCGUCACAUCGCCGUAGCAGCAGCCGCUGCGCAACGUCUAAUGACAAACCAUACCGCUGUUGUGGGCCGGAGGUCGCCGCCGCCCGGGUUCCGCGGCGCCGCUGCCGG